UAGAACGCUUCGUGAUUGUGGUGCCCUUCCGCCUUAAGAAACCGGAAGUUGUUUGAAAUCGUGGCAGUCAGUGAUGGACACAUUUUGCGAGGAAAGAGUGCAGGUGCCAUUUGGGACCAAAUGUUUGGAGGCUGUGUUGUGUGUUCCUGCCUCCCCGGAGCAUCACGUUUCCACUGUGCUCGUACUGACCCAUGGAGCUGGGGGAGACAUGAACUUCAAACAUCUUGUUUCUCUGGCACACUGUUUGGCCUCCAAGGGCCUCCUGUGUCUACGGUUCACAUGCAAAGGUUUGAACCUGGCAUAUAGAGUGAAGGCUUACCAUGCAGUCUGGCGCUACUUGAAAUCAUUGCCGAAUUUCACCAUAAAGCGCACAUUCUUUGGAGGCAGGUCGAUGGGCUGCCGCGCUGCCGCCGCUCUGGCCAAGCAGCUGAGUGAUGAAUUGGAAGGUGCUAUUCAGGGUUUAGUCUGUUUGUCCUUCCCCCUGCAUCCCCCAGGACAGACUCACGCCCAUCGACAGCGCAGUGAAGAUCUCCGGGGGCUACCUGAAAGCAUGGCUGUCCUCUUUGUUUCAGGCACAGAGGACAAUAUGUGCGAUAGCGUCCUUUUUGAGGGAACGGUAAAGGAGAUGAACGCUCAAGUGGAGGUUUUCUGGCUGAGCGGAGGAAGUCAUGGCCUAAAAGUGUCGGGAAGGUCAGAGGAAUCUGUUUUAGAGGAGGUGAACACUUACAUUAUAACAUGGCUCACCAAACAAGGAGCUUAGAUACCAUUAGAAUAUCUUUGGGAAAAUCUUCAGAAAGCGAUUUACUCUACAAGUAUGACACAUGUAGGGCAUCAUG